UGCGUGUGGGAGAAUUGCAGUGGGCUAGGUGUUUGGCCUCGGGAUAAGCUUGCUGCGCCUGUACUUUCUCCAUGAUUAGCGCCAUUACUAUCGAAGCGACCGCGACGCACCGUAGCAUCCGUGAAACGGCGCCAAAACGAUCGUCUAUGUAGGUCGGAGUUUACCGAAAUUGGGCGGAUCAUAUCUCCGUCGAACGGUCUUCUUUGGCGCUUCUUCAGCAACGCGAAACACUGCAGAGCGGAGCGCACCAUAGCCGCGAUGGACAAUUGCCACAACUACGCCACCACUUCUAAAAAGAAGCGGAUUCCGAUCUCUGAUGACAUACACAUCAUAAUCAAAAAGUUUCGUGACAAAGAUAAGCAUGAUGAAAAACCAUCGACAUCUGGCGACCAUGACUACGACGAUGAGCACAGUAUGGACUCGGAGGAGCUGAAACGGGUGCGACAUCAAGAACCGUCCUCGUCCUCUACGCUGGUCGGUGUAACAUCGAACAGCAACAGUAACAGUACAACGUGUCCGACGGGCGGCAUCGGCACCCUGCAGACAGUGCAGGUGCAGGUCCAACCGCAGCAGCAGAUCAUUUCGAUCGGUCAACAGCAGGCGCUCCCACCGAACAGUAGUGCCAUAGCGUGCAGCACUAGCAAUAGUAACAGCACACACAGCGCCGCCGUUGGUAUCCAAUCGGAGGACAUCAAGCUUAUACUGAAAAAACUUACCAACAUCGAGGAACUUCUAAAGGUUGUGACCGAGCAAAGCUUAAGCCGGUUGACCGCACUGAAGCAGGAAGUUGGUGCCAACCCGCAGCUCGGUGGUGGUGGGGGUGGUGCUGGUGGUAGUUCCGGGUGUGGUCAGCUGGCCACGCUCGAACCUGGUACGGUUUCGCAGCCACCGUCAGUUGAGAUCGAAUCGUGUUUCAAGUUUCCGCUUCGCUCGCUGAAGGAACUAAUCGAGCUGAACAAAAGCAUCUGCGGCGACGAGUCGCUUUACAACAAGCUGUUCGAGCAUCUCACCAAAAUAAGACUGGACUGUGACCAAAAUAUCGUCAUGAACGCACUGACGUCGAUCGUAAGCGACGAGGUGCUCGACUCAGUGACGUGGGACAGUGGCAAAAAGUUCAAACUAUCUUCGGUCGUGCUAUUCAGUGAUUCACUGUACGUUGCUUGGUUCAAAGAUAAAAUGAAGUACGACGAGUAUGUGAUCGAAAUGAAGGAGGCCAUCGAACGAUCGCACAAACGCCAUGCUAAGGUUAAAACGAAACGAAACCAACAGAACCAGCAGCAGCAGUCGCCGCAGGCCAUCCAGCAGACGGGGACGAUUAUGCACUCGCCACUCGGCACUAAUAGUACCACCACCACAAGCACCACGACCGGUGCGGUUAGCUCGAUCAGCAGCGACAACAGUGCUUUAGCCAUUAAGAUGGAAUCUCUCGAAUAGUGCUGGCGAACGUCUCGCCGGAUCCGUCUGUUAUACCCGUGUGCAGUAUCCCAUUCUUUGGCGGCACGACUGUUGGCCAGGUUUUGUGUGGUCUAGUUCUAGCAUGCCCCGGAGAUCGGUCCGCACCGAACGGUAUCACGGGUGAAGGGAAUCGGUGGAAACUGCUCUCGGGACUGCUUCCGCUAUGAUCCAAGCAACCCGUCAACGGUCGUGUUGCAUCGUUGAGUUGUGUUUUAUUUUCAUUUUGAUUACUAUGCACACUAGCUUAGAUUAAUUUUAUCCCUAGUUUUGUUCUUUUGCUUUUGUUGUAUUCAUCCAGUCAUUGUCCUUUUCUUCAACCCUGUUGCCCGGGGGAGUGAGAGAAGCACAUGGCUCCGAAAAUUCCGGUGCGAAAGUUGUCGGUCCACGCCCUAGCCGGUUCGCAUGGAACCCAAAAUCCGUUAGUUGGUAGUGGUUUGGUUUCAGUUUUCUUAAAAACCCCAUUUUGACAAUUCGGGACAUUUUCUACGUAAAGAAAACACGCGGCCGCAGUUUGGAGUUUGGACCGUUUUCAAGUUUCCUUCUUCGUGUGGCCAAUGGAGAAGUUUAACAAGGGAAGAAUGUGCACUAUCUCAAGUUAAUGGUACGUGAAAAAGGUUAGGAAUAAAAUUUAGCGAUACACAGCGAGUGAUGUAAAACAA